AUGCGACUUGCUUUAGCCAAUAAAAUCUCCCGCUCAAGUCUGCGCUUCCAGGUUCAGUUUCAGGGUCUCGCCGGCAGCCCCGGCCGACGGGCGCGGAGCCGGCAGCGGGGCCAGAACGGCAGGGUCCUCUGGGGGCCCCGGAGUUGGGAGGCGGCGUCCGGGAGUCCCCCGAGGAGGAUGGGCUGCGGACACAGCAGGCUGAGCUGCUGCAACCCCCACAAAAAGAGGUGCCAAGGACCAGAUCAGCCUCCCAAACCAGAGCUGCAGGAACUGGGUCCCCUCAAUGGUGACACAGCCACAACUGUCCAUCUCUGUGCAUCUGAGGAGGCUGGGCAGCACCAGAAGGCUCUCACCAGAAUUCUCCAACAACACGAAGAGGACAAGAAGAAAUGGGCACAGAAGGUGAAGGAGGGGGAACUAGAGCUUGGAGAGAAACUGAAUGAACAGCGAAGAGUCCUGGAGAGAGAGCACGCGGAGGCCCUGAGAGUCCUCCAGGCCUCCCAUGAGCAGGAUAAAGAAGCCCUUACCCACUCCUUCCAGGAGGCCAAGGCGGCCCUGCAGGAGACCACUGACAGACUGACCGCACAGCUGGAGGCCUUCCAGGCCAAGAUGAAGAGGGUAGAGGAGUCCAUCCUGAGCCAAGACUACAAGAAGCACAUCCAGGAGUACGGGAGCCCCAGCCAGUUCUGGGAGCAGGAGCUGGAGAGCUUACACUUUGUCAUCGAGAUGAAGAACGAGCGAAUCCACGAGCUAGACAAGCGGCUCAUCCUCAUGGAGACAGUGAAAGAAAAAAACCUGCUGUUGGAGGAGAAAAUCACCACCCUGCAGCAGGAGAACGAGGACCUCCAUGCCCGAGGCCGCAACCACAUGGCUGUGUCCAGGCAGCUCUCUGAGGACCUGCUUCUCGCCCGAGAGGCCCUGCAGAAGGAGUCGCAGUUGCGCCGGCAGCUCCAGCAGGAGAAGGAGCAGCUGCUGUACCGGGUCCUCGGGGCUGACGCCUCCCCCGCCUUCCCGCUGGCCUCUCUCACCCCCACUGAGGUCUCCUACCUCGCCACAUAG